UAACGAUUUUUUUUAAAUAAUUGAUGUUACUGGUCCUUUAAGGUGACAGUUCCCCUUUAAUCACAAAUCGUAUGGGGGCGUAAAAUGUUUUCCUCAGUCAUUUCUCUUUGUAGCACUGAAUGUGAGUUUGGCUUCUAUAAUGCCAAUAGGGUGGCCACAUGGCCAGUAUUUUACAGGCCUGACUGGUAAAAAUGAAACUUGACCCCAAUGUUAUUAAUAGGGAAAAAUCUAAAUCUAGAUAGGAAGGAGGGUAUUUUUUUCCAAAAAAGCUGGCAACCCUAAUUGCAAAAUGCAGUUUCUACUUCCAGAAUGCAGUUGGCCACAUCCCGUAUCUAAGUGUUGGGGCCAUAGCAACUCCAUAAAAGCUGCAUAAGGAAUCCUACAGGUCUGGACUGGCAAUGAGUGAGUUCUGGCAAGUGACAGAGGGGCUGCUGUAAGAUUUCAUGGCCACUCACUAUAAAUUGGGCUUGUGGAGACUGGUUGUUAGGCCUCUGUGUAUGUGAAAUACCAGGGACUAUUUAACUGCCACCUGAAUCCCUCCCUAUUCACUAGCACUGCCCAGAGCACUCUGAUAUUGGGCACCUCAAGUCAUUUCCAUGUAUGUGACCCCCUUACACUCUCUCCUGUCACUGGGACCCCCCAGACGUUCUUUAUUCCGCUCUAAAGUCCCCCUGACCUUUCCCUGACCCCGAUGCCACCGCUCCUUGAACUUCUCACCCCGGUUGAAUGGAGGGAGUGUGACGUCACGGCCGAGCGGUGCCGCGCGGAGGAAUCCUGGAAGGUGCGUGUGAGUUGCCGGUGCAGUGAGCUUCUGUGAUCCAAAAACUUCAAUGGCUUCAAAAAAGGCAGACAAACAAGAGUCCAUGGUGCAGUUUGCCUCCUCUUCCAGAGCUCUGGAAGGUCCAAUUACUCCAUUCACUCAAAAGCUGAAGACGAAGGGAAUGGCUAAGCAAAAGUUGGAGAGAUUGCUUGAGCUUGAAUCCCGGCUGUGCCGCAGAAAAGACAAAUCCAAGAAAAGCAGGAUAAACCAGAAGCCGUUAGACGUUGAGACUGAGGCCUUAUUCCAGCUGUGCAAGGGGCGGAAUACAACCCCCUUAAAAGAGCACUCUAACAAAAGCUCAUCCAAGAAGAAAAAUAAGGAUAAAAAGAAGAGACGCCAAGAUGGGGAGGAGAGUGUCCCACCGGUAAAAAACUGUAGGAUAGUUGAUGUACACCAAAAUGGAGACAUGCUGCUCACACUCUUCAAAAUCAAGAACAGGAAAGAGAAUACACCCGCUGAGAGUCUGGAUUCCUCUGUAUGUUCCCCACUCAGUAGAAACCACAGUCCCAAUUCAGCCAAUGAGCGGAAGAAACAGCUCCGGAAAAAUCUGUACACUUGUAUGACCGUCGAUCAAGCCCAAAGUGCCCGGGUCAAGUUGAAGGAGAUGGAGGAUCUCAGCCAAAGGGCAGUUGCUCCCAAGUAUCAAAGUGUCAGCUCCUCUGCAGAAGGCAGCUCCAGAAAUCAUUGUCCAUUGCCUGCUUUGCCGUCCCCUGUGGCUGACCCAAAGGGCGAUGGGAAGAGCCUCAGAUCUGUUCCUAAUGAAGGCAGCUCAAUGCUAGAGGAAAUAGCAAGUAGUUCUGGCCACAGCCAAGACUUGUUCAUCACUCAGAAGUCAUUCAUGCCUGUUGAGGUGUUGGGGAGUAGUAGUAGUGGCAGCUCUCCUCCUUUAGGCCAAGACCCAGGAACCCUAAGAAUUUUCAGCCGCACCGACACAGUGCAGGUGAUCUCCCAGGUGUCAACAUUUACAGUCAAGGGGGCUGACCAAUCGUCUUCUGCUUCUAUAAAGUCCGACAAGUCGACGCAGACCGAAGACGUCUUCAGCUACUUAACCCUGAUGUCCCUUAUGAACAGAGUCCGAGUCAUGGAGAAAUGUUCCGAGCAGCCUCUCGAUUUCGCUUUGCCCAACCGAAGCAGAAGCAACAUCGCCUCCCCCCUCGUCUGCAUCAAGGUGGAAGACGAUGACAUCAUAUUCGUGGACGUUAAACACGCCAACAAGCUCACCAUGAGUCAACAGCGAAGGAUGGAGGAUGCAAAGUUAGUCCAGACUUUCCUCAAUUCCUCCUAUUACUUCAAAGGGAAAGGCGACCACUGCAGUAAGUUUCCGCUUGCGCCGCUGUUGAAGAUGAAGAUGGAAACCAAGAAACGCUCCAGGAAGUCCCGUGGCCUUCGACAUUAAAAUAAGAGUUGGGGAGUGCGACUGCAGAGCUUGCAUUCCUCUAACCCGGAUCACUUGUUACAUUUCAACGUUGUUACUGAGUUUCGCUUUGACUUCAUAAGCCUCCGACCAAUGGCGAGGAUUCUCUGUUCAUCCCAUUCAACAAAGUGGCCGUUUUGUGUCAUAUCUUUCAUGUAUUUUCUAUCGUUAAUCCAGUUUCAUGAAAUUGUUUUCAUUCACAGUCAAUAAACGCAGUUUAAUGAG